CACUCCACUUCAUCGGAGUGCACCGCACCGCAAAUACACAACGCCGCCGCGGAGACAGAAGAAUGGUAGCCAUGGCCGGCGGCGCCAAGAGAAUCCGAACCUACGAAGAGUUCGCCCAAGUCCACGCACUGUUACUCGCGUCGUCAGGACUACCGCAGUCACUUUUCCGCCGCCUCUUCCAAAAGCUCGCCGGCGAGACCUUCGACGGCGGAAACCACUUCCAAAUCGAGCCCUGCGAGGACGGACGCAUGAGACGCCUCGUUCUCACCUCCGAUUCCAUGCCCAAGGACUCCGACGUCUUCCUCAUCGAUCACGCAUGGACCUUCCGACUCCCCGACGCUUACAACCAGCUGCUUGAAGUUCCGGGAUUGGCUGAGAGGAUGGGUUCUUUGAUGUGUGUGGAUAUUGAUAUGAAUUUGGAAGGUGAAGGUGAGGUUAGUGAGAAGCCUGAUGUAUUGGAAGUUCUCGAAAGCGAGGUUCGCGAGACGAAAGAGAAAGGAGAUGGUAAAUUGAGAUGGUUGGAGCUUGAAGGACUUGACAUUGAUGAUGAUAUGCUUUUGUCUCUUGACUUAUCUUCAAAAUUUCCUGAUUUAGUGUCGCUUAGCCUAUACGGAAACAAGCUCAAUAGAGCCGAAGUGGUUGUUCAGGAAGUUAGCAAAUUUAAGCAUCUUAAAGGACUGUGGCUGAACAAUAAUCUGGUGCUUAAAGAGUGUAAUGACAAAAUUGCAGGUGCCAUUCUUAAGGAGUUACCUGAACUGGAGAUAUAUAAUUCAAAUUUUACAAGCAAUUUUGGGGAAUGGGCCUUGGGCUUUUGUGCAGGGAUAUAUGAAAAGGAUAACCCAGCAAGUUCUGAUCAUGCUGAUAGCCCGCUGCAGAGUGUGUCCACUCUUGAUAUUUCUAAUAGAAACAUUCAUAAUUUAAUCAACAAGGCAUUUUCACCCAUUUUAUUUUCAUCUCUAUCACACUUGAACAUUCAUGGAAAUCCGUUGGAGCAAAACUCGGUUGGUGACUUGUUAGAUUUGCUGAGGAGAUUCCCUUGCUUAUGUUCAUUGGGGGUAGAUAUUCCUGGUCCUCUUGGAGGAAGUGCCAUUGAAAUCCUGGAAUCUCUUCCGAACAUUUCUGAACUAAAUGGUAUUAGUGCAUCCCAAAUAUUGGAAACUAGUAAGCAGGUCAUUGAUUCAGCACUUCUUCCUCGUGUUUCUGAAUGGACUCCUGAUGAGCCUCUUGCUGACCGUAUUGUAAAUGGAAUGUGGAAAUAUCUAAUGACUUAUAGACUUGCAGAUGAAGAAAAGUUAGAUGAGACGUCUGUAUGGUAUGUGAUGGAUGAGCUUGGUUCUGCUUUGCGGCACAGUGAUGAGCCAAAUUUCAGAGUGGCACCUUUUCUUUUCAUGCCAGAGGGUAAUCUGGCAUCAGCUGUGAGCUUUUCUAUUCUAUGGCCAACUCAAAAUUUGCAGAAAGGUGAUGAAUGCACUCGAGAUUUUCUUCUUGGUAUCGGGGAGGAUAAACAACGUUCUGCUAGACUUACUGCCUGGUUCCACACACCAGAGAACUAUUUUAUCCAAGAGUUUGAGAAGCACAAUCAGAAAUUGGGAUCCACAAGUUUGAUCCCACCCACUGUGCAGUCUUCUGAGACUAGAAGUAUUCAUCAACCUGAUGGGCGUCCUUUACGUGUUUACACAGAUAUACCUCAUGUGGAAGAAAACUUGACGCAUCCGGAGUUUGCAAUUACAAAGGAACCAAAAGAUGCAGAUAUAAUAUGGACAUGUAUGCAGAUAGAUGAGGAUACAAAGAAGGCCACAGGAAUAACAGAUCAGCAAUACAUUAAUCAAUUUCCUUUUGAGGCUUGUCUUGUCAUGAAACAUCAUUUAGCGGAGACAAUUCAGAAGGCACUUGGAUCUCCUCAAUGGUUGCAGCAUACUUAUAAUCUUGAAACACAUCUAUCUCAACUUAUUGGUGACUAUUAUUUACGCAAAAGAGAAGGACAAGACAAUCUUUGGAUCCUAAAACCCUGGAACAUGGCCCGAACUAUUGAUACUACUGUAACUGAUAAUUUACCUGCGAUAAUCCGUCUCAUGGAAACUGGUCCAAAAAUUUGCCAGAAGUAUAUUGAAAAACCUGCUUUGUUCCAGGGGAAAAAGUUUGAUCUCCGUUACAUAGUGUUGGUUCGGAGCAUGCACCCUUUGGAGAUAUUCCUGUCAGAUUGCUUCUGGGUCAGGAUAGCCAACAACCAAUAUUCUUUGGAAAGACGUAGUUUAUUUGAAUAUGAAACUCAUUUCACUGUCAUGAAUUACCGUGGAAAAAUAAAUCACAAGAAUAUCAAGGAUUUUGUGAAGGAAUUUGAGGAAGAACAUCAAGUUAAAUGGUUGGAUAUACAUACAAGAGUAAGGAAUAUGAUUCGAUCAGUGUUUGAGGCAGCCGCUGUUGCACAUCCAGAGAUGCAUAGUCCAACAUCAAGAGCAAUGUACGGUGUAGAUGUUAUGUUGGACAGCUCUUUCCAACCCAAGUUACUAGAGGUGACGUACUGCCCUGAUUGUACAAGAGCUUGCAAAUAUGACAUGGAUAUCGUGGUUGGAGAGGGAGGUGUUUCCAAAGGUUGUGAUUUCUUCAACAAUGUCUUCAGGUGUCUCUUUUUGGAUGAAAUUUCGCAAGUUAGCCCAUUGUAGUCUAGUGCUUGCCAUAUUAGUCCACUCAUUGUGAAUGACAGUGGAAAUAAACAAUUUAGAGCAACAGUAGGCUGUUUGGCUGGUGACUGAAAAUAUGCAGCAACCACCACUGUGUUUUCUUCCAUUUUUCAUGUAUUUAACGUUAGGUCAUGGGCCUAAGUUUUUGGGUGUGCGAACGGUAAGGUUAGGUUGCUACCAAGGUCACAUGCUCAAGCCAUGGAAUCAACUCUUGCAGAAAUGCGAGGUAAUGCUGUAUACAUUAGAUCCACAAAGUCAGUAUUUACCCUUUA